GGCUAGCCGAUUGAGACAGGGGCGCGGGGAAGACGAAUCAAAAGGAGAAGAGACUUGGGUGGGUUACGGUAGCAUUAUUCCCAUUUAAAAUGUCUUUGGCUUCGUGUGCAGUUUCUCACGGGAGUCGUUUGGAUUUGCUAGCUCGCCCCAAAGUGAAUUUCAAGAAACAUCAAGACAGGCCUUCUGUAUAUUGGGUGGACAAGGUGCCUUCAGUUUCUACAUGUGCACUGCCCACUCACUUCCUGCUGCACAGGAGGACUCUGCAGAAAUGACUCUUCAGACCCCCAAGCGAUCCCUGCAUCCCUCCUGCUCCAGAACUGGAAUGAGUCAAAGACAAGAGGAACUGGCAAAUCCCAAGAAAGUAAUAGCAAUAAAUGAGGACAGACCAUCACCCAUUUGGCCAGUGAGUUCCAGCGCCCUUUCUGCUUUUCCUUCAGCCCGUGUGCAGAAUCUCGCACAACCAAAGAAAACUAGUCAAGAAUGGAUGGAAGAUCGACCUGCCUACAGUAUAGUUUCCGAAGGAGCUAAAAAAGCCUCAGCCAGCCCGCGCACCUUACAUCUAGCAAAGCCGAAGCACAAGGCUUCCUGUUCCCUGCCAGGGACACCAAACAGCCACCAAAGCUCUGGGAAGGAAUCCUCCCGAUCUAUAAAGUCAGCCCCAACAGCAAGGACUGAAUCAUUAGCAGUUCAUAAGAUAGAGCAUCCUGAGUACCAGCAUGAUUUACCUGUUGUAAGACCAGUACCGUCAUCUGCCCUUCACACACAGGCAACAGAUCGAGUUUGCCAGCUUGCUAAACCCAGCCCUCGUAGGAUAAUCUCUGAUGUGUAUGACCCAUAUAAAAUCUCACCUGCUGCCAAACACGCAGAGGCUUCACCCCGUAUCCAGGAGCUCUGCACUCCUCCAGCCCGCAGACAGCGUUCAAAAAAGAUGUAAAUUCUUCAAAACCUUUAACUACAUCCAUUAAAAGCAUCAUCUACUACCUUGACUCAGAGGUUUUGUGAUAAUAAAGUGAAGUGAAAGGUGCACUUGCAGGUUAACCAUUUAUAGCACUGUUGCAGAACUUGCUACUUUUUGUAGUGUAUUUGAUACUUGGAUAAAUGGUGAAUGUUUAACUCAAGCGAAAUACCAAUCUGAAUUUUUUGAGAAAAUGUAAUAUGUCCUCACUUGCACAGGAAAUAAAACUACUGCUGUGUUCACUGUAAAAAAAACUUCAGCAAUAACAAGGUAAGAAGGUAUUUGCAAAUUACAUUGCACAAACUCACCAGAUGAAGUGUUUUUGGGAUGUAUAGUGAGGAUAACGAUCGACUUGCCUUGGUGCAUGCUCUGUAUGUUCUGCAGUAUAGCCAGGGGUCCUGUAUUAGUUGGAUCUACUGACCCAAAGGGAAAUUUGUUCUAUGCAACAUGGAGUCUGCAAUCAAUGAUUGCCAGGAUAGAUGAUGUGUUCAUGUGUAGGGAGAAUAAAGUCAUGAAGAGGCUUAGAUUUUUGCAAAGAAUUUGAAAUGUAGAUCUUUAGGCUGUAGUAUGUUGUCAGUACUGUAUAAGAUUAAUAGUUUUACUGUGUAAGAUUAAAUGGAUUCUGUCAU